UUAUUAUCUAUGGAUUUAUUUGUGAUACGGAGCACUGAACGAGUAUUAUAUGGAGUGUUACUAUAAUAUGAGAAACGGCGAUAAGUGAAUUGAUACUAGGCUUAUUGUGUAUUAUUAGAGUUACUUAAAUUACAAGUAAUUGUCGAUCUUACUAUUGUGACGGUCAUCAUUUGCCCCUAUUAUCAAUAGUUUUCUCUGUUGGUCGUUGAUGAAAAUAAUAUGGAUGCUUUGUAUGUAACAUGCUAUUGAUAAAUUAUAAAAGCGAUCUGCAAACUGGUUGUUUUGUACUAAUCGUAAGUUUGCUAGAAUUUUAAUGAAAAAAAAAAUACUUUAGUCUUAUAUUUUCUAAAUUUUUACUGUACUUCUGGUGUUCUGGCAAAAAAGUUGCAUAGCUUACAAUUGGUUAUCCUAUUGCAUUUUUUCUAUUUUAAUUUAAAAGGUAUUUAUGUAGUUAUUGUUCACUAUUUACAUUUUCAAAUAAUUUGAUCAAACGGUAUUAGUGACAAAAUGUCAGGUGCCAAAUGUGACGACGAACUUGCUGAAAAAACACAUUCCGACAAUGAAGUGCAUGAAGGAGGCGAUGAAGAAGACAUACCAGAAGAUUUCUUUGACGAUUUUUCCAAUCAAGAUUUUAUGGCAGGUUUGGAUGUUGUUGAUGCUUGGGAUGAUGAAGAAACAAACGAUCUGAAGAAAAGUGAUAGUGAGAAUACUUCCAAAGAUCUUACAGAGAAAGACAAGAAUGGUAGUAAAAGUAAAGAGUUAAAAAAAUCUGAACAAAAACAAGAAUCUCGUAAGACUGAUAGAAGGCGAAGAAGUUCAAGAGAAAGAAGAUAUUAUAGAUCAAGAGCUGCAUCUAGAGAUCGCCAUUCAGAAGACCGUCUUAAAAAUACUAACUCAAGGGAACUACGUGAAGAAAGGAGGAGACGUGAAAGGAGUUCUGAUCGUAGACGGGAUCCAGAAAAAACAAGGAGAGAUAUUCAGAGGGAUAAAGAUAGGCGAACAAAAGAUGAAGAGGCCAAAAUAAUUUCUGAAAAAUUAAGGAUGGUAGAAACAGGACUAGUGCCACCAGGAAUGGAAAUGGACAUGGAUAUAACUACUGUUAAAACAGCAAUAUCAGACUCAAAAGAUGAAAAUACACCUAACAAACUUUCUCAGGAGAAACUCUCAUUUGAAAAUCAACCAACAGGUGAUGAGAAUCAAGUACGAAAAUCAAAGCGAUCAAGUUCUAAGAGUAUGGAUUUUCGUCGAUUAGGUUUUAGUCCCCCAGCAAGUUAUAAUAUUUAUGGUAAAAGGAGUCCCACCCAUAAGAGCCCCUUGAAGAUAAGAGGAAAGUCGCGUUCAAGAUCACUUCGAAGAUCGUAUCGUGGACGACGCUCUCGUUCUCGUUCUUUCGGCAGAGGAAGAUCUCCAGUGUAUCUAAGAAAACGAUCAAGUCCAUCACGAUAUUAUAAUAGCGGUAAGCUAACGAAAUCUCCAUCCCCAGGCAGAAAACGCAGAAGAAGUUAUAAGAGCCCUGACUCUGACGUGUCUGACCGUGAGGUAUGGUUGCAACGAAGAAGAGAAGAACUUAGAAGGAGUACUUCCCUAGAAUUAGAUAAUUGGCCUUAUAAAAGGGAAAAUUCUUCGUCUAACCUACGCCGUCAUAGGGAUUUUUUGGAAGACUUGGAACGGAAAUUGAAAAAAGAAAGAAGCAAGGAUAAGAAGAAAAGGGAUUUUCUACGAGAGAUCCAUAAAAAAUUAAAUGAAACUGGAAAUAGUACUGAAAAUAAUUCAAAUGUAGUUAGAUAUACUGCAUUUCCUACACAAAUCCCUGGUCCAGGUGGACCAGUACAUCUUCAUCCUAAUUUUAUGCCUGUGCCCCACCCUAUUGCUCCUUCUAUUCAUAUUCCUGUAAAUCCAAUGAUGAUAAACCAAAUAUCCUUACCAGGACCACCAGGUGCAGAGUUUGGACCUGGUCCAGGUGCUGGGUCAAUCCAAAAUUCAUUUAAUCCUGGUUUUGGGCCCCAUAGAAUGACAACACCUGUUCCUGCUCCUUACAAUAGACCUGAAGACUCCCAGUACAAUGAACAAUUCUUUAUUGGCCACCCAAGCGAAACUGCACUAUCAUCAACAGUUAAUAUUUCCUUAAAUACUCAGAACUCUUCGAAAAAUAUUAAAACUCAAAAUACAGUGACUAUGAAAAAUUCAGAAAUUUCAAUUGCCGAUUUGAAAAAUAAAGACACAGUAAAGAAGUUGUUUGAAGAAAAGAAGAUCAGUUUGGCGGAUUAUUUAAGCUUAACUGCCACAGAAUCAGAUCCUUCAAAGCCUGUCGACAUUCAAAAUAAAAUACGAGUUAUUUCGCGCUGUCAAGAUGCAAUUAAAGCACUCGAUAAACCGUUACCUGUAGAUGGCCGUUUUGUAUUGAAGAAAAGUGAACAAAAAUUCAUCGAUAAAAUUUCAGAAGCAAAAGGAUUAUCGCCAUUACGAAAAAUUCCAGUUGUACGUUUUCAGUUUACAACCCCGAGUAAGGGUAAUGAAGACAAGACUACUUUCAGUCGGACCCUUGAAAAGGUGUUAGUUAGUAUUGGUUUAGGUAAUUCUAAAGAUGCAUCAUCUUCCCAGGAUCCCAUGUCAAUCGAUACCAUUUCAUCGGCGAAUAUAAAUGUAAAUACCAUAAAAUCGUCGUUUGUAAAAACAAAACCCGUUCGUGCUCAAGAUUUCAUGACUGGUGUUAAACGUCAUACGAAAAUGUGUCAGACCCCCAUGUUCUUAAUGAAGUGUCAGAUAUGUGAAAUCAGAAGCGCGCGUACUUAUGAAUCGGUCGCAAUUCAGUGCAACAUUAGGAAUACCGUGGAUAUGGGCGUACAAUGUACGGAAGAGAAGCCCAACUAUCAAGAUGCCUUCAAAGCCCAAUCUCUGGUUCAUCUCACCCCAGCCCAAAUUUUGAAGCAAAUGGGAGGAAAAAGUGAACCUUUUCCGGGAAAUCAAAAUGGAAGCAAAUUCGAUCAAGCAAGAAGUCGAUUAACAAAUGAUUGGUUUAGUGGAACUCGCGAUUUGGGUAAUAGCAUCGACGGAAAUAUUGAAAAUCCAUUGAAUAGACAGCAAAUGCCAUUACCAUUUGAAAGAUCUUUUAGCAGACCUCAACCAUUUGACAAUCGAAUUCAAACAGUGACUGACAGACCGACUCAAAUCUUAGACAGACAUCAGAACAUUGACAGACAAUUGCUAGUGAAUCAACCACAAAUGGUUAUGCAACAAGGACAAGGCUUGCAUGAUGUAUUAAAUAAUCAGUUCAUGCAAGCUGGUGGUAUACCGAAUCUACUAAAUAUGAAUAUAAUGCCUCCAAGAAAUCGAUCCAAUUUUAAUCCUUUCCUGUAAUUUUUUCACGUUGCAGUAUAAAAAUACUUUAGCAAAUAGCGGCCGUUUUAUGUUUUAAUAACAAGUAAUGUAUAUACAUAUUUAAAACACUAUAAUGGAUUAAUUAAA